UUAUCCAACAUAAUGGCAGCAAUUUCCUUCGUCCUCCUCCCCCUCGCCUUCCUCACCGUCCUAACCCCUCUCAAAUCCGCCUCCUUCACCGUCGUCAACAAUUGCUCAGACACACUCUGGCCGGCCGCAGUGCCGUACGGCGGCGGCAUCCAGCUCAACAGCGGCCAAACAUGGACCUUCGAAGUCCCAUCCGGGACCACCGUCGGCCGCGUGUGGGCCCGUACCGGCUGCUCCUUCAACGACUCCGGUAACGGCCAUUGCGAAACCGGCGACUGCGGCGGCAAACUCUCCUGCACCGCCUACGGAUCGCCGCCGAACACAUUGGCGGAAUUCGCCCUCGACGAGUUCUCCAAUCUCGACUUGUUCGAUAUCUCCCUCGUCGAUGGGUACAACGUGGGGAUUAAUUUCAGCCCGACGACGACGAGCGGGUCCUGCCAAGGACAACAAUGCGCGGCGGAUUUCGUUGGGCAGUGCCCGACGGCGCUGAAGGCUCCCGGAGGAUGUAAUAAUCCGUGCACGGUGUUUAAGACAGAUGAGUAUUGCUGCUACUCCGGCAGCUGUGCGCCGACCGACUACUCGAGGUUCUUCAAGAACCUUUGCCCUGACGCCUACAGCUUUCCCAAGGAUGAUCAGACUGACACCUUCUCUUGCCCCGCCGGCACCAACUACAGAGUCACCUUCUGCCCCUAA